GUUUACACGGAAACACACCGGGGUAAGCUUCUUGGGGCCUCUACCUUCGGCCUGUUUGCCGCCAAUAUUUCCUAUCACGUCUUUCCAGAGCUGACGUUCCGGAAGCUCUACCAGGCCUGGUCCAAGGGGGAACCCAUGGAACUGUCCAGCAGACUUCACACUCUCUUCCGGGAUGUCCUGGAGGAAGCAAACCAUGGCUCCAUCACUGGAUACACCCCCUUCGCGUCCUAUGGCUUCCACCCGGUCAGCGCCGGCGUUCCUUGGCUCCCGGCCGGAUGUCUGAUCGGCAUUCCCUCCAACUAUAACCACACGGCAGAGGACGGAGCAGGAAUUGUGGAUCGGUUGUUGGUGAUUGGCGGCGAGGAGGUGGACUGGAGCAGCAACGUCGGGAGAGGGUUGAGGGACUCUUUGACAUUGUCCUCAGACGCCCAGAAGUUCUCUUUGGCUCGUGAGGCCGCCCACGCGCAAAGUAGCGGCCCUGUAAUCCAGGCGUCUGUGGCCCCCGCUUGUUUCGCGGCCGUCUGUGUUUCUAGCGUGGGGCUCAAGCAGCUCUUGGGCUUGUAUUCCGGCCCCAUUUUAUUACGGGGGGUCUUCAAUUUGCUGGCCAUCACGCUCGGAUUUACCGGAUACUGUUUAUGCUACGACUCGAUCGGUCAGUGGUUGGAUUACAGGGCUGACCACAAAGCAGCCACCAGAUCCAGGUCCUACGCCCAGGGGGGGCUGGAGUUCUACCAAAAAAUAUUGGCCCGGAAUCAGAUCCUGCGAGGAAUGAUGGGUAAAAAAGGGCAGGAGCUCUAUGGGCCAAGUGGGAAUUUGUUCCCCAAAAAUAAACUGCGACUAAAGCAUGCGCCGUACACACGUCGGAGAGACCAGAUACUCCAUACAUUGGAGACAAUGCACUCAUGA